UAAAAACACAAUUCAUUUUAAUUUUUUUUUUUUUCAUUAGUUUAAAACAACUAUGGCUAUGAAUAAGAACAAAACCCAUCUUUUUGUUACCUUUUAAAAAUCAGUACCUGAUAUGGAUCCGCUUACUUUUCUUCAACAAUGGUGGCAAGAACUAGGAAAAACACAUCUAUUGAAUCCCUUUUUCUUCUGUUUUGUUAUAUUCUUUUCUUUUCUGCUAUUGUUUAAACCCAAAACAAGUACUCACAAACUAAAUCUACCACCCUCUCCACCAAAAUUACCCAUAAUUGGAAACCUUCACCAGAUAAGUGCACUUCCUUACAGAUCUUUCAGAUCCCUUUCUGAAAAGUAUGGCCCUUUAAUGUUUCUUCGCUUAGGCCAAGUUCCUACUCUUGUGGUUUCUUCUGUAGAAAUCGCGAAAGAAAUAACCAAAAAUCAUGAUAUUAUUUUUGCAGAUAGACCUUCUUUGACUGGUGUAGGUAUUGUGUUCAAUGGAUGCCUUGACAUGGCAUUUGGCCCUUAUUGUGACCACUCAAGGGAAGCAAAGAAGCUUUGUGUUCUUCAACUUUUGAGCCACAGAAGAGUACAACAGUUUCAUUUCAUAAGAGAAGAAGAAGUAGGGAAAGUAGUUGAAAAGAUACGCCUUUCAAGCGUGAAUGGAGUUCCAGUUAAUAUAAGUGAUAUGUUUAUGAGUCUUGCAUAUAAUACAUUAUCAAGAGCAGCCUUUGGUUCCCUGCAUGAAAAUCAAAAUGGUAAUUGUAAGAGUUUCAGUGAACUAGCAAGAAAGACAAUGACUGUUUUAUCAGCUUUCUGCUUUAAAGAUUUUUUUCCCUACUUGGGAUGGAUUGAUCACCUUACUGGAUUCAUUAGAAACUUAAAAAUGAUUACAGAAGAAUUAAACGAGUUCUUUGAUCAAGUGAUCAAAGAACGCGGGGCAGGAAUGAAUGAUAGUGAGAAAGCCGAAGAUAAGAAGUACUUGGUAGAUAUUCUUCUUUAUCUUCGAAAGGAGGGGCUCGAGCUUGAUCUCUCUAAAGACAACGUUAAAGCAAUACUUCUGGACAUGUUUGUUGGCGGGACAGACACAACAGCAGCAACAAUGGAGUCUAUGAUGGCAGAGCUUGUGAAGAAUCCCAGAAUCAUGAAGAAAGCUCAAGAAGAGGUAAGGAGAGUAGUUGGAAACUCCAAAUCAAAGAUAACCGAGUCUGACAUAAGUCAAAUGGAAUAUUUGAAGUGCGUAAUGAAAGAGACAGUAAGGUGUCAUGCUUCCGCUAUGAUGCCUAGACAAACAUCAGCAAGUGUUAAACUUCAAGGUUAUGAUAUUCCAGCAAAAACAAGAGUACUAAUUAAUACAUGGGCAAUUCAGAGGGACCCAGCCUUGUGGGAUAGGCCUGAGGAGUUUCUGCCAGAGAGAUUUCUUAAUAGUUCAGAUGAAGAACACAAGAAGCUGUUGUUUUCAUUUGGAACCGGAAGAAGGGUUUGCCCUGGAAUGUCAUAUGCAUAUGCAGAAGUUGAAUAUGCAAUGGCUAAUUUGCUGUAUUGGUUUGAUUGGGAGUUGCCUGAUGGAGGAAGAGGAGAGGAUUUGGACAUGAGUGAAGUUUAUACAUUUGUUAUUCACAGGAAAUCACCUCUUUGGGUUGUGGCACAUUCUUAUUCUCCUUGAUUUGAAUGGGAAAUUGCAUUUUUAUGUAUUUUAUUUUGUCUUUCUUGAUUUUGGGGAACUUGAAAUCUGAUUCAGUCGGGUCCAAAUAAGAAAUGUAUUUCUUUUCCAAUAAUCAAUAUAAAUAGGUGGUUCAG